AUGAGUGAAAGGAAGGCGAAGGGAAAGGAUGCCGCGAGAAAAAAAGGGAGCGUAAUUUCAAAUAUCUCAUGGUUCGGCUUUGUAACCUUCGAAUGGAUCACCAUCAUACUGAAUAAGCUAAAAGCAGAAGAUAAUUUCAGUCUUCCCAAAAUAGAAGAAGAUGCAGCGAUUGAAUAUUAUUCGUACAAAUUAGGGAAUCAUUUAAGAGGAGUUAAAAAAAGAAAGAGAUCAUGUGGCAGUGGUGGUACAGUGAAUCCAAGAGAGAAAUCUGAUGGAGAUGGUUUUAAUGGAAAGUCAACCAAAGAGACAUACUACUCGGUACAGAACAGAGGAAUCACAUGUGCCCUGUUGAAAACGUUUAGAAGUCAACUAAGUUGUAUUACUCUCUUUUAUGUGAUGCACACUCUGUAUCUCAUUUUUGUGGCUCUAUGUAUAGAGAAUUAUAUUCUCUUAAUCAAGGGACAAGGGAGAGCAUGGAUCCCAUUCUUUCAAGGAUACAAAGAAAUUGCAUUUGGUUUAUUCCUAGUUGUAGUGAUAUGCUUGGAUGUGUUUUUUGACGCUAUUGUAACCUUCUUUGAUUACAGAUUAAGGUUGAAUAUGGAGAUUACACUGAUGUAUUUUUUGUAUAAAAUAAAUUUAGAAUACUUUAGGGGGAGGUUAUUAUCCAGCUCGUCUUAUGUCGCAGUGGGAGAUGUGCAGGACGGGGUCCCCAUUUCCAUGAUAGAUUUCUGCAACAUGCUAAUUAAAUUCAUUAUUUCUUUUUACAUGUUUUAUUUCAAAAUGGGAAGAGAAGCAGUUGUGAACGGCAUACUGUUGAUUCUAUUUCUCUACAGUCUCAUGAUUGUAUUCGAAUUGGCAUCUAGCUUCUUUAAAAUAAAACACCUCAAAUGUAGAGAUGCUCGUAUAAGUAACAUGCAUCAUAUCCUGAAGGAAUACAAAUUAGUGAAGAUGUUCAAUUGGGAAGCGAUAGCAUUUGACUAUGUAAAUAGACAUCGAAAAAAAGAAAUGAAAAUAUGCACAAUCAGAAUUUAUCUCAAUUCUUUGAGUAAUUAUAUGAAUGCGAUUUCCAUGAAUGUUGUGGAAGUUGCCAUUUUUUUUAUUUUUAUUAAAGGAGAGUUAAAUAGCAAUAAACCAAUCAACAUCAGUUCCAUUAUCACUCCUUUAUUUUUGUAUAAGUCACUCAUUGCUGGUAUGUCGAACCUCCCCAAUAUCAUUAAUAACUUACUCGAGGGGACGAUAAAUAUUGGGAGAAUCAACAAGUACAUUCACCACUAUAUGUUCCAGUUUGAGUCCACCGAAGGUCGUGCCUGCUCCUCUGAGGAUGACUACCAGAUUGGGAUCCACGCCUCUACUGCCACCCCCGGGGGAAGCGGCGGGGGAAGCGGCGGGGGCAAGCACUGUGAGGACGCCAACUGGAGGAACUUCAUCAAAUAUAUGAUUUUCAACAAAGGUUAUAGAAAAACCGUCGGGGGUAAGAACAGCAGUAACAGGACCUACUACUACAGCAGCGACCAGGGGGGAGGGCAGAAGGGAAGCCGCCCCGGGGGGGAUCCACUUGGAGGAAUAGCUACCGGGAAAGGAGAAGCAAAAGGAGAAGCAAAAGGAGCAGGAAAAGAAGCCGCAAAGGGAGCCCCCAAAGCAGCCGCAGUGACGGUCGGGGCAGGUGCGGCCCACCAACCCGCGGACGUGAUUUUAAAGAUGAACAGGUGCUACUUCUCUACGGAGAAGCCGGCCACGGGAAGAGGUCGAGACGCCAGCCGAGACGCCAGCCGCGACGCCAGCCGAGAUGUCAGCCGCGACGCCCGCCGCGACCCCAGCCGAGACCCCAGCCGAGACCCCAGCGCGGGAGACGCGCUUCUCAAGAACGUUAACCUGACGGUGAAGAACAACACCCUGGUGGUGAUUCUAGGGAAUGUGGGUUCUGGGAAGACGCUGUUCUUUAACUCCCUGCUGGGGAAGCUGAGGCUGUCACAAGGGAGCUGCUACGUGAAGAACUUCGCCCAUGAUAACAUGCCCGUGAUGUACGUGCCACAGUUCUAUUGGGUAACCAUCGGCACCAUCCGAUCCAUGAUUCUUUUUGGAAAUAGAUUCGACCCCUUUCUCUACUACCGAGCCAUUGUGCAGAGCGAGCUUAUAAACGACAUGAAUACGUUUAAGAGGAAGGACUUAAGGUACGUGAAUGACGAGCACAGUCUCAGCAAAGGACAGAAAGCGAGAAUUUGCUUAGCCAGGGCGCUGUACCAUCAUUAUAUACACAUGAGCGAUUUGAUGAUUGAUUACGAGAGAGAUGUCCGCGUGAAUGAGAAGUGGCGUGAAAGAGGCAUCUCGGAAAAUUUGUACAAAACGGGGAGUUCCUUGUCUAGAGGGCCCAGUGGUGGCGGUGGCGAUUGCGGUGAUGGAGGCGGUGACGGAGGCGGGCCCCACCCCCAGGGAGGGAAAAGAAAGAGUGUCUUCGUCAAAGGAGACACACACACAGAUCAUGCGGGAAAAAAAAGAACCUCAGAUGAUGAACCCUCAUCGGUGGAGGAGAAAUACGAACUACAGGACGUGGAUAAUUCGACUAACUAUACCUUCAACACAGGUAAUAUGACCAGCACGUGCUCACAUGUUAGUCGAGAGAAAAAUGCAGCAGGGGAAGAGGACGAAUACGAACAGCAGCAACACCAUGGAGGAGGAAGCAGUAACGAUGUGAUUAUUGGACCAGCAGGGGAGAUAUACACACAGAAUAGGGACCUGUUUAAGAAGAACUCUCUCCUAAAGGACUGCCUGGACCAGGAGCAGAUCUCCUAUCUGUACCUCCUCGAUGAUCUGUUCUGUGCAUUGGAUCCAUGCGUAUCGAAAAAUAUUUUUUACAACCUUUUCUGCAGUCAAGAAAACGUGCAAGGGUAUAAGAAGCACUGUGGGUUUAUCCUGACGGCCAACCAGAAUAUAUGGAACAGCUUUCUGGAGGAGGAUGUCGUUCGCGAGCUUCAAUAUGGUGUCGAAAUUUAUCGCCUGCAGAACCGCUCGCUGGUGUACGAGGGGGACAUCCAUACCUACAUGAGGAAGAAGGGGAUCGUGCCGCACCGCGGCGAGCGCCCCAAGGAGGGCUCCUCCCCGGGCUCCGCUAGCGCAGCGAGCGCAGCGAACGCAGUUAGUGAAGCUAACACAGCCAACACCGCUAACACAGCCAACAGAGGCGCUCCCCCCUCCGCGCGGCCGACAGCCACACUCAACAUCACGAGCAAAAUGCUGGAGUUCUUCUCAGACCAACAGAGCGGAAGUAAGAUCAGCCGCAAAAAUAGCAGCAAAAAUGGCAGCAAAAGUAGCCCCAAAAAUGACAUGAAGUACCAAAAGUUUGUUAUGCUGAAGGAACUGAAGAGUACCUACUCGUGCAAACUGGAACCCCUGGACUCCGUGUCUGUGCAUGGAUUCGGGCGGAAGUACACCACGGUCACACAGAACUACGUAGAGAAGCGUGAAGAAAAAAUGAUGAAUACGAUGCGCAGCGUGAGUAUUAGUAGUUUGGGAAGUACACGUAAAGCGACGAUUAUGAACUACGCCGAGGUACUAGUGAAGGAGAAGAAGAGUCGUGGUGGGGGGACACGCGAUAGGAACAACAAAUGCAACCUCUCCUUUGAGCAGGAUGACAAAAUAACGCUGCACGAGUUUGAAAAGGUUAGCAAGGUGCUACAGGCACAGCUGAAGGAUAAUUAUAUGUAUGAGUAUAUGGGAAACCACGAAAGCGAAAAUGAGGAUGAAGAAGAAGAGCUACGAUUUAAGGGCAACAUAAAAUGGGAGACGUUUGUUUGGUACUUGCGAAUGAUAGGGAACUUCCUCAUAGCAGUUAUUCUCCUGUUCAUGAUAGCCUCUAUCUUUACAGACGAAAUAAAAAAUAUGCUGCUCUUUAUGGCAAGCACAGUAAUUAAAAGUGAAGAACAGAAUGACUCAGAAAUUUUAAAAAAGCAAUUAGUAUAUCUCAAAUUCUUUGUCCUUCUACCCUGCGUAUCGUUGGUCACCACGUUAAUUUCUUUUAUGCUGAUAGCCCACGGAAUAGCAAUAUCAGCUGUCAAAGUCCACACAGAAGUACUUAUGAGCAUUCUCUACGCCCCUAUACAUGCCUUCUACAGCAAUAAUCUGGGAAAUAUAAUAAAUCGAUUCAUCACAGAUAUAAAUGUAAUGGAUAAUGGAAUCAUCAAAAGGAUAUACAAAACUUUUUACACAUUUUUUCGUUUUCUUUUUACAAUUUUUCUCCUAAAUUAUAUGGUUUAUCAGACUGUGUAUGUAUUUCCGAUAAUAAUUUUUUUAAUAUAUUUUUGUGUUUUUCAAAGAUAUUCAAGGGGAUGCAAGGAAGCUCAACGAGGAUACCUAAGUAGUCACGCUCCUCUGUGUACCAUCUACAGUAAUACCAUAAUGGGGAAGGAGAUUAUCAACCUGUAUAAGAAGAACAAAUAUUUUCUAGACUUGUAUGCUAAGAGGGUGUUUGAUUUUAAGAACUAUACCAUUUUUAAGUGGUGUUUAACUAUAUGGGCUUCUCUAUACGUACAACUGAUCGUGUUGUGUUUGACCGCUUUUUAUAUCAUAUAUCCCUAUGUGUUGUACCCUUACCUUGGGAACAAGCAGGACUCUAACAUCAUGAAUCAGGAGAAAAAUGCGAGCACUAUUGGGUACUGUAUUACCUUUUCUUGCAGCUUGGGGUUUAUCAUUAAGUCUCUCCUGUAUGACUACACGCACGUGGAGAAGGAGAUGUGCAGCACGCAGCGUUUGGAGGAGUGCUCGCAGAUGAUUAACGAGCCUGUGGGUUAUGGCGAUGAGGGGGAAGUGCUCCCCACGCAGGUGCCGCCGCCUGGUUCGGCAAACGCCGCCAGGCCAAACGCCGCCAGGCCAAACGGAGUGCCAGUAGACUCCGCCGAGGUAAACUCCGCCAAGGCAAACUCCGCCACGCCGAGCUGCGCCACGCCGGAGAACGGCAAAGCCAAGUAUGGCCUCCACUUCGAAAACGUGUUCGUGAGUUACAAAAAAAAAAUCUUCAUCGAUAAGUCACGCAACCUGUACUACUACGCGAACGAAAAGUCCUGCCUACGUAACAUGAAUAUCUACGCAUUGAAAGGACAGAAAAUAGGCAUCGUAGGAAGAUCGGGGGCAGGAAAAAGCACUACCAUUCUCUCCGUGUUGGGUCUCAUACCCACAACCCGAGGAACCAUAUCGAUUGAAGGAAGAGACAUCAAAUCUAUGAGUCUGGAGGAGAAAAAAAGUAUCAUUGGUCUUCUCCCCCAAUCCUCUUUUGUAUUCUUUCAUUGGAAUAUACGUACUUAUAUAGACCCCUACAGUAACUUCACAGAUAAGGAAAUUAUGGAUGCUUUUAAAUUAAUUGGAAUAAAUUUACGGAACGAGGAUCUAUAUAAAUACGUUUAUAAACAGAAGAAGAAGGAGUCUCAUGAGGAGAGGGAAAUGCUUAAGGGAAGGGAGAAGUAUGAGAGGGGUAACUCAUCCACAGUAACCAACUUUUUAUCCGUUUCGGAUGAUUGCAUUCGUUACUUAGCAUUAGUGAGGCUUUUCCUAAACAGACAUACAUACAAGCUGGUGUUAAUCGAUGAGAUCCCUGUCCUUAACUUAAAUUUGAGCAAUAGUAAUGCCAAUAAUUUUUUCUCCAGCGACGUGAAAUCGUUUGAGUAUAUUAUACGGAACUACUUCUCACACAUCACUGUGUUGAUUAUCGCUCAUGAUGCCAGCACGCUCUCCUGCUGCGAUGUCAUUUACGUCGUGGCCAAGGGCGAGGUUUCGUACAAGUGUAGCUACUCCGAGAUCAAGACGCAGAAGUCGCUCGCCGCUCUCAUUCAGCAGCAGAUGGAGUGA